AUGAGUGGUCAAGCUGUUGCAGCUGAGUUUGUUUAUCCGCCCAGGAACAAGAUUUUGGUGGUGUUCGAUCAUCAAGUGUCAGCUAAGGACGCUUACCUGUCGAAGAUCUUCAAUUUGAACCCUACAGCGGAUACUCAAAUUUACAGAAACAUCAAAUGGUCAACUAAAUACUACAAUGUAUUGAUUGACGUUUACGUCGACUAUGUUGAUGGGCUAAAAUCAUGGGUAGAUGACUUCUGCAGUCAUGAUUUCGAGGAACUCCGAAAAGCCCUAGCUGGGUGUGUUUUCAUUAGACAAUGCAAGGACGGUGAUGAGGGGUUGACAGCGAUCUCGAAGAUAGGUCAAACUGGUGUGAUUGAAGAAGGAUUCCUGGCAAUCUUAGCGACGGAAUUCGAUGCAACUCAGGAGAGACUACUUGCUGUGGAGGGAGAACUCUUGGCACAUGGCGUGGAAAUGACCGCGAUGAGAUCAACAGAAACAGAAACAGAAGUGAAAAAUGAGUACGGGGAACUGAGUGGCAUUGCCAGAAUAAAGGAAAUCAUUGAUACUUUUCAAUGGGAUCACGAAUUGUUGCACAGGGAGCCAAAUGGUAAUGAAAAUAUUCCGUCGAAAGGAAUCACCAACAACUCUCAGAUGCCGGCGCUAGACGAUGUGAUGGGGAAACUGCAGGAAGCACGAGCAAAAUUUCUGACAAUUGAUUCCAGUGAAGAACGCGAGGCUUUUGCUCGUGAAAUGGCCGACGAGAUCAGCGAGCUUUUAUAA